GCCACUCCCAUGGUCACCGAGGACAGCUGGGAGAAGCUCUCGGACGUGGCGCUGAACGAGGUGCUGGACGCCGAGGCUCUCACGGAGCUGGAGAUCCAGCAGCUGAACGAGGGCCAGUUCAAGUUCGAUCCGGCAUCGGCUCGCUGGAGGUCAAUGGGGCUCAAGCUUCUCGGUUGCGUGCGGACGUGCGAGGACAUGCGCCUCCUGGGCGGGAUGAUCCCACAUCUGCUCCAGGGAGCGGGCCCGGAGCCGAUCGACCAGGCCACCUGUCCGCGCCCUCCAUGGGCUCAGUGGUCCAGCGGCAACCAGUCGAGCUGGUGCACGUUCUGCUGGAGAUGCGGACUGCGUCUUUGUCUACGUUCCAAGACCGACGAAGAGAAGGCCAUGGCCCAGGUGAAGAAGCAGGUGAAGGCCAAAGCCAAGGAGAUGCGCGCCCAGAGCAAGGCAGUGACGGCGGCGAUGAUGGCCCAGUACGAGCGGGACUUGAUGGAGCAGGCUGGCGCGGACAGCGACCCGUGGACUCCAACGCCUCCACCAAAGCCUCCGCCACAGAAGACGCCCAAGGCGAGGAGUGCAGCGACGGAGAACCUCGACGAGGUCCCGGGCAAUCUCUACGUUCCCACGGAAGUGGGAUACAUCCCCUACAAGGAACCGCCUCCAGACGCCCCGGUCAGCAAGAAGUACGCGCAGCAGGUGAAGGGGGCGGAUGUCCGUCCAAUGACGCAGAGCGAGAUGAUGCGCGCGCUGUCCGACAUGAAGGUGUGCCUGGAGACGCAGCAGCGGUCCAACGAGCUGACCUGGCAGGGCGCGCGCAACCUGAUCCGGGAGAACCGGGCCAUGGCCGAGAUGGCGGCCAACAGCAGCAGUGCCAGCGCAGCGCCACGGAUGAACUCGGAGGACCUCGCGCAGCUGGCGCAGAUGAUGGUCUCGAUCCAGAGCGGCGGAGGCGCAGCGCCGCCGCCAGCCUGA